AUAUGCAACUAUAAAAAAUAUUACUUCUGACCAAUUCAAUAUUACAUUAUCUAAUUUUAAUACAACUAAUGAUUGGAAAGUUGAAGAUAUUAAUUUAGAGGAAGAUAAAGACGAAGUAAAUAGUUUGGACCCAGAAUUAGGAACGGAAAUAAAUGUUAAUGAUAUUGAAAUAGAUUUAACAGAUUCAGAUAACAGCUCUCAACCUCAUAAUGAAAGUUUCGUUACCAUCAAUGAUACUAUUGAGUCUGAAGAAAUCACUGAAAUUGAUAAUUUAAGUGAAAGCAUUGGAAACUCAACAGAAAAACCCCAGAUAUUUUGUGGAGAAAAUUGCUACAUUGUUGUUUUAAAACAUCCCUCAAAUCUUUUUAUUCAUGGCAAAGUAAUCAUAAAAAGAUUAGGAGGAACUGCACAAGUAUUUGGCUAUAAUAUACGAGAUAAGCCAUGUGAAGUGUAUGCACCAUUUUAUAAUUUUGCUCAGUGUAUAAGGACUGUCGAGUGUAAUAAUGAUUACUAUGGUCUCUUUAACAAAUUGACCACAAAUGGAUUAUCUGUUACUGAAGCAGAAGAAAUUGUUACUACUCUCGGCAGUUAUGAUGUAAUAAUAGCUUUAGAGAAACUACAAAGUAUAAAAAUGGACUUCGUGGAAAAUAACUUCAAUGUCACCAAUUUGUUUAAUCGAUCUAAUGAGAAUAUUGAAGGUUGCUUAAAGAAGGUAUCAGAAGACCUAUGCUGUUCUUUAUAUUCAUCUCAACCCUAUAAACACCUCGAAGAGAGCCCAAAUUGGCAGCAAGCUGUUAAUUUUGGAUUUAACGACCGAAGCAGAGGAAUAGUUUGUGGUGGUAAAGGAGCGGGCAAGUCAACAUUCCUCCGUUACUAUGUAAACCAGUUGCUUAGUCAAGGGCCUAUACUUGUGGUUGAUUUGGAUCCUGGGCAGUGUGAAUUUACAGUAGCCGAACCACUUCUUGGACCCAACUUUACACAUUUGAAGAAACCAGAAAUAAUGUUAAAUGUUGGUAUGAUAAGCACAAUGGAUAAUACAAGGCGGUACAUAUCCGCAGUGAAUUCUCUUAUUACCCGCUGCUCUAAUGACGAGCGGCUUAGUAACCUGCCAUGGAUCGUCAAUACAAUGGGCAUGUGUAAUGCCAUUGGGUUGAAAUUUAUGUGCUUCAUUAUACUUCGGACUCAACCGACGUUUCUCUUGCAAAUUGAACUACAAGCUUUAAGAAAAAACUUCGAGUUUCGCUUAAUACCACAGAAAAUUGAAGAAUUAUAUGAGGAAUAUAAAAAUGAUAGAUUGUUCAAGGAGUUGUCACGGCCUGAUCAAUUAUCUUACUCAUACAUAAUAUCGCCGGCUGAGACAUAUCGUGUCAACACUAAUAUGGGAACUGACAAUUUCUCUUUGGCGCCAAGGGACGAAAGAUACCUAAAUAUCUUGGCGUAUUUUGGUGAACUAUUGCAUGUUCAAAGAUGCAAUAAUCUGUUAGAGAUUACUCCUUAUUCGGUACGUUUACAAGAUUUAUUCGUCGCGACGAAUAUUAAAAUUCAAAAGGAAUCAAUUACUAAGGUGCUAAAUGGUAAAGUAGUGGCACUUUGUCAACAAGCGCAGUGUGAUAAAACAGCAAAGGUGUUUACACUAGAUGAUAAACCUCUGCUCUCUCAUGGACAUGGCCUUAUUCGAGGUGUUGACUGGGAAAAAGAUGUCAUAUAUGUGAUCACUCCAAUAUCACUAAAUGAUUUGGCUUUAGUAGACACAAUUCUGUAUUGUGAUUGGAUUCCAGAAUUACGGGGACAAGAGAAGAACCUCCCGGAGGGCACUGUAGUUCCUUAUAGAACACAAAGUCAGUUCCAACAAAGGCAACUCAUGUUCGCACCUCGUAGGAGAUUCAAUCCUAUCCAGUUAUUGAAGAUGUCAAGGAGUUCCUAA